AUGAAUUGCUCAACGUUUGAGACGGAUGGAGUUUAUUUGUCCAUAGUGAGCGUGCAAAUAGUGGCGGGCUCCCUUUGCCUCAUCGUUCCUGUUUUUGGCAUUGCCAAAUGUGUGCGUUCAGCUUUUCACUGGAAUUGUAAGAUCUUGAUCGUGAUGAUGCUACUACUUUAUGUAACACAUUCCAUGGGUUUCACUGGUGUACAGGUUGGUCACAAUCACUGA